AUGUUCCAGGUGCUGAACGAAUACGACCAGACGAUUCCCAAGAUCGUCGAGGAAGCGAUCACCAACAAGGAAGCCCAGUGGAAAACCGCGAUGAACGAAGUGGUUUCCAACAGCCAGAUCGAGCUCAAGUCCCUCCAGGACCAGCUCAUUCUCAGCAAACGGCAGCUGGACUCCGUCAACCUCGCGCUCCACGCCGCGCAGCAGCAGACGCGCGACGCCAAACUCGAAAUCGAGCACAGAAACGCAGAGCUGGCGCAGCUCCGCGAGACGUUAUCAGGCGCGCAGUGUGCGCUGCAGAGCGCCAAAGACGAAUUGAAUCAACGCGAACAGACGCAGAAGACGCUCGAAAGCGAAUACGCGCAGCGAAUCGAACUCUAUCGAAGACUCAUCGAGGACGAGAAGCAGCAGCAGACGCGGCUGCGCGGGCAGAUCGAGGAGGCCGCGCGAACCGCGGGAGCGUCGCAGAUCCAGGCGGAAACCGCGGGGAAGACGCUGGAAGAGGCGCGAAAGGAGCUGAGUGCGCAGCAGGAAGCGGUGAGGCAGCGAGAGGAGGAAAUCGCGCGGCUGGAGCAGGAGAAGCAGGGCUUGACUCUGGCGGUACACAAUUUGAUGCACAAAAAUGACGUGCUGGGGGACCAGGCGAAACAGGCGCAGGCGCAGUUCGAAUCGUUCAGUGCGAGUCUGCAGGAGCGGAUGGACGCGAUGCAGAAACAGUAUGAAGAGCAGCUGGCCUCGCUGCGAAGCCAGUUGCAGACAGCGAAGAUCGAAUCGGCGAUGAUGGAGAGGGAGGAGGAAGGACCGUCGGGAACGAAUGUGGCGAAGCAGCUGCAGUUCCAGGCGGAGCAGAUUCAGUCGCUGAAGGUGGGAGAGAUGGAGGGGAUGGGAGGUAAGGAAUUGGGUGCCAAGGAAGGACAGGUCGCAGAGCUGAUGUCAUACGUGGAGAAGUUGCUGCGCCGGUGA